CAAAACAUCAAAUGGCAUUUUAGCCCACCUACCGCACCAUGGUAUGGUGGAUGGUGGGAGAGAAUGGUCCGUAGCAUCAAAGAAGCUUUACGAAAGUGCUUGGGAAGGGCUUGCGUGACGUACGAAGAAAUGCUCACGUUAUUGUGCGAAGCUGAAAGUGUUAUCAAUGGGAGACCACUCACCUAUCUUUCAGAUGAUCCAAAUGAAAUGACACCAAUAACACCAGCUCAUUUCAUACAAGACAUAAGAGGAUCAGAAACGCAUGACAUAGACAUUGUCACCUCCAAGCAUUUACUGAAAAGAGUAAGGUAUCUACAAAGUUUACGUGAAAAUUUACGAAAACGCUUCCAGAAGGAAUAUUUAGGUGAACUUGUACGAAACCCAAAAUCUAGGUCAAAGCAGAAGGAAAUUUCUGUAGGAGAAAUAGUUCUUAUUGGAUGCGAGGGCACGAAGAGACUGAACUGGCCAUUGGGUUGUGUUGUUGAACUGUUUCCUGGCAAGGACGCAAUACGAAGAGUAGCGAAGUUACGAGUUGCUAAUGGCUACCUCGUGAGACCAUUGCAGAGACUGUAUCCACUCGAAAUGUCUGUCAGUGAGUUUCCAUCUGACACAACAGCAAAUGAAAAGGAUAAACAGGUCGAUGUCGACUCUGGUGAUUUAAAGUCUUCAGCAACUCCUAUCCCAAGACCUCUCAAUCCUAAUGCUGAGACUUUCAUUCCUAUGACAGAGGUUUCCCAACCUGUGAAACUGACUCGUAGAGGUCGAAAAAUAGUUCCACGCCAACGUUUGGACUUGUAGACGGCAUAUAUUUUAAGCUAGGACUUUAAAAUACUUGUUUUUCAUAGUGU